GCAGGUUGGUUUACACCAGAGGUGGCACAGGCGCAUAAUUUACCGAUUUAGGUCAGUGCCUCACUAAUAAUUCCAUUGCAUGUUAUUUUGUGAAUUAGUUUAGAUGAUCAUGUUCCGGACGACGUUCUUUUCAUUCUAACGUCCGAAAGUAGUCUUAUUUAGGCUACUCAAAACGUGUACGAAUCGGUGAAGAGGCACGCACAGCAGUGUACAAUAGGCUACUAGCCGACACCGCCCAACAAUCGAAAGAAGAAAUGUGGACUAGAAUUGAACCCGCCCAGUAAGGACUUCCCGUUUUUCAUUGGGGGUUGUCAGUGAAUGCACAAAUAUGAUUGGUCCGGAAGCUGUCAUUCAAAAACACUAUACGGAAGAAAAUGAGGAAGUAGCCUACAUCUCUAAAUAGUCGACAAACCCAGGAAUUUCCAUGCCAUAUUUCCAGGACUGGAAAUAUUAUAGCCAUUAUAGUUGAAUUCAGGACCAUGACAUCCCUCGAGGGAGGAGGAGGCGGGGCCGAGGCUGCUAAACCCGUGGCCAUGGCAACACAAAUGUCGAUGGCCGGUCACUGCGACAGAGACAACAACCGGAAGCAUGGGGACGAGGUAGCAGAAGAAAGGGGCGAUACUGCCGGCACUAUCACGGCUGCGGCUUUGCUCAAGGCCCACUCGCUGGACGUGAACUUCGAGGUCGGCGACGAGUAUGAAGUCAUAGAGACCAUCGGUACCGGGGCUUAUGGAGUUGUGUCCUCUGCUCAGAGGCGGGAUAACGGUCAAAAGGUGGCAAUUAAGAAGAUUCCCAACGCCUUUGAGGUUCUGACAAACGCCAAACGCACGUUGAGAGAACUGAAAAUCCUUAAACACUUCAAGCAUGACAACAUUAUUGCAAUCAAAGACAUCCUGCAGCCAAGCCUCCCUCACUCAGCAUUCCACUCGGUGUACGUGGUCCUGGACCUGAUGGAGAGCGACCUGCAUCAGAUCAUCCACUCCCGCCAGCCGCUGACCUCUGAACACGCCCGCUACUUCCUGUACCAGCUGCUCCGAGGCCUGAAGUACGUGCACUCAGCCAACGUGAUCCACCGUGACCUCAAGCCCUCCAACCUGCUGGUCAACGAGAACUGCGAGCUGAAGAUCGGCGACUUCGGCAUGGCGCGCGGCCUCAGCUCUCACCCGGAGGAGUCCCACCCGUACAUGACGGAGUACGUGGCCACGCGUUGGUACCGCGCCCCCGAGCUCAUGCUCUCCCUGCACCACUACAGCCUGGCCAUCGACCUCUGGUCCGUGGGGUGUAUCUUCGCAGAGAUGCUGGGCCGCAAGCAGCUGUUCCCCGGGAGGCACUACAUCCACCAGCUGCAGCUCAUCAUGUCCGUGCUGGGAUCCCCGCCGGACAGCGUGACCGAGGCCAUCGGCUCGGACCGGGUGCGGGCCUUCAUCCGGAACCUUCCCCCCCGUGCCCCUGUGUCCCUGGCCAAGCUGUACCCCCAGGUGGAGGCGGAGGCGCUCAACCUUCUGGAGGCCAUGCUGUGCUUCGAGCCCCGGGGGAGGAUAGGCGUGGCCCAGGCUCUGGAGCACCCGUACCUGGCCAAGUACCACGACCCGGACGACGAGCCCGUCUGUGUGCCGGCAUUCGACUUUGAGUUUGACGAGCAGCCCAUGAACAAAGAUCAGAUCAAGGACGCCAUCCUGGGGGAGAUCCAGGACUUCCACCAUAGGAAGCAGGGCAGCCGACAGAGGCUGCAGUUCAGGCCCCUGGCCAGGGGGGACGGGGGCGGGGGGGGUGCGGACCAGAGGAACUCUCAGGGCUCCGUGGUGGCCAGCAGCUCUCUGGCGACCCUGUCCCAGCCUCUGCAGACCGCUCUCCCAUCACAGCGGCUCGUAGAAAGCGCUCAACAGCAGCCGCACAGCAACAGCGAGAUCCACCAACGACCGGAAGGAAGCCAGGCUUUUGCCGGCUUCAACGAACAAGGCAUCCCGCUUGUGGAAGUGACUCCACCCUCCUUGCCCUGCUUGAAUAAAACGGAGAGCUGCCAGGAUGUGGACAUGCCCAGUGCCAACUCGGAUAGCGGCCAGCCGGAAACCAUCGACCUGACCACGCCUGUGUCCAGCCGGGAGACGUCUCCCUCCACCACCAUGAGGGAGUCCAAGAGGGAGGACAAACGUCUGGGUGAGGCCUCGCGGAGCCAACCCAUGUCUCAGACGCUCUCGACCUCGACACACACCAUGGCUCCCUUACCCUCCCCUGUGCCCUCCCUGGCCAUGUCUCAGGCCCAGGCCCAGGCCCUGUCCCAGACCCUCUCCCAGUCUCUCUCCAGGGGAGCCAGGGCCCCCACGGGGGCCGGAGAGGGAACCAGGAAAGAGGGAGCCAUAUCAGCUGACACAAAAGCAGCCCUCAAAGCUGCUUUGCUCAAGUCUGCUCUGAGAAACAAAGCCAGAGAUGGUGGCUGUACGACAUUAGGCUUGGAGAUGGGUGGAGGCCUCUCCUCCUCCCUCUCCUCCUCCCUCUCUGAGCGGCGGCCGGUCACAGCCCAGGGACGUCAGAGAGAGAGGGAGGCGAAGAGGCGGAGGCGGCAGGAGAGAGCGAGGGAGCGAGAGAGGAAGAUCCAGGAGAAAGAGAGGAAGGAGGGGAAGCACGGGGACUGUCUGGGCGGGGUCAUCUUGAGUGACAACGACAAGAGCCUAUUGGAACGCUGGAAAAAAAUGAUGGACGGUCGCAACGACAAAUCGCAAGCCUCGGAUGCUGACAGAGCGAAAGCGAAGGACUGCGGAAUGAACUGCCACCCAGGAGCUGACUUUGACAGCUGCCUCAGAGCAGCAGAAGGGUCGAACCCUCCACAGAAGGACAAGGAUUCUAGGAGUUUCCAGCCUCAGAAACCAGUGGAGGACCAUCUUCCAGGGAUCUUUCUUCCUUCCAGCACCCAGUUACCUCACUCUGUCACCCAGACAAAGUGCUUGGAGAUCGGCAUGGUGGCUGUGAAUGGAGGUGUGGAUGUAACGGGGGCCACGGUUGGCCUGGUGACCAGCCACCUCGAACCCCAGGGGGAGAGCGGAGGCCUGGGUGGCCGCAGCUCUCUGGGGGUUUGGCCCGGCCAGCAGGUCAGGUCCAGUUCAUCCCAGCAACAACUUCCUUUAACCAGGCCAUCCCAGGAGCCCCAGACUUGUUUGCCCCUGCCCCAGCCCCUGCCCCAGCCCCUGCCCCAGCCCCUGUCUCAACCUCACCAUCCACCCCAACCUCAACUGCUGUCACUGGAAACCUUUUUGAGCAAAGCCCCAUCCCUGUUACCCAGACAUGUCAAUGGCAACUCCAACCCAGCAGCUGCUGUCGCUGGCCCCCUGGGGAAGCCGGGCUCCUCUCUGGGAGAGCCGCCCGGAGCCCGGCAGCAGAACCAGGCCUGUGGGGGUUUAGGGGCCUCGUCUCAGCCCCAGCCCACCCAGGGCUUCACCGACACUGGGCAGCCUGGGCCCGCGGGGGCCCCUGACAUCCACACAGUCACCCUGCAGCUGUCCAAGUCACAGGUGGAGGAUGUGUUGCCUCCAGUGUUCUCUACCACUCCCAAGGGCAGCGGGGCAGGCUACGGAGUGGGCUUCGACCUGGACGACCUCCUCAACCAGUCUCUCACCGACCUCCAGCACACUGACCUCAGAGACUGUUAUAGUGACUCAGCCCCACUCUCUGCCUCACUGCUCUCUGAUUGGCUGGAAGUCCACCGCAUGACCCCGGCAGACUUGGAAUCUCUUCAACAGGAGCUGCAGCUGGGAUCUCCCAUGAUCCUCUCUGAUGCCAUACCUCCCGACACCUGAACAGACUCGUUGCCAAGGAUUUCCUAGAAAAGGAGCUCCCAUAGAAGAAAUUACAUUAAAUAUGAAGCACGUUUGUUAGCUGUAGUCAUGAAGACUACAGCUCAUGCUGCAUGUGCCAAGGUUUUCCAGCUUUCUAUUUAAUAAAAUGAAUC